UUUUUGACAUUCUGGUAUUCUACUAUUCGUUCUUUCUAUUUCAGGUUUGGAGUCACGAAUCCGAGGUGGCAAGAUCGCCAAUAUGGGAAGAUAUCCUUACCAAGCAUCGAUUUGGGAUAACAAUAGUUUUAAAUGUGGCGGAUCCGUCAUUACCGAACGCUUUAUCCUCACGGCUGCUCACUGCAUUUACAAGAGAUCAGCAAACACAAUGACAGUUGUUGUUGGAACCAAUUAUUUAAAACACAAUGGAGAUAUUUAUAAUGUCGAUAAAUUAAUUUGGCAUAAUGGCUACUGCUAUAAGCUAAUUAUCAAUGAUAUCGGUUUAAUACGCGUGAACAAAAAAAUUGUGCUAAGUGAAACAGUUCAACCGAUCCGUCUUGCGCCUGUGUUUGACAUUCCUUCAGGUGAAGUUGCUGUUGUCACUGGUUGGGGAAGAUUAUCUGACGAAGGCCCGAUCCCAUCCACGUUGCAUGAACUCUACACGAUUGUAGUAUCACAAGAAUCAUGCCAGAAAAUAUUCCCGGAAGUGGACGACAAAAAAAUUUGCACGCUGACCGAGAAUAACACGAGCGCUUGCUAUGUACGUACUACAUCUCGUAUUUUCACGUAAUUCAUUUUACUCGUCGAUGAAAGCGAUACAAUCGAUUUUCGUGACUUGCUCGCACGUAAAAUCUUUCGUUAAGCUAUCCCGUAACCAACAUGUUACGAUCGAUAUUUCGUGUUGACACAAGUUUCAUAACUAUUCAGAUUCCUAAUGGAAAAUUUAUUCUUAUCGAAAUAAAAAAGGUUGUCUGCGUUACUCGGGGGAUGUUGCAGCUUCCGAUUCCUUCAAUAAUUUUAUGAAUCGAUUCGGUAGUUCCAAAGAUCGCUCGCAACGUACGAAACGAUUUUUCC